AUGACUACAUACUGUCCAUACCCGACGCAGGUCGAGUUUAUCAUCGAGUCUCAAUGGGGGCUCGGCAUGUUUCUAUAUGUAGCUUCCAGUCACUUGCCCUUUGUCUGCGUGUCACUGAAUGUGCUCGUGAUUUUUCAGCCUGAUGCCCCACUCCCUCUUUGCCGCUCUUAUGAGAUCGCCAAUACUUAUAUAGAGCUACUAUCAAUGUUCUUUGAUGAAUGUAUUUUCGCACUCAGAGCAUUUGCAGUAUGGGAACGGGAGAGGUGGCCCGCUAUAUUCGCAAUCGUCAACAUCAUUGCCUAUUUAGUACCAAUUAUCAUUUGCUUUAAAGAAUUUGAUUCGUCAGUCUCUGGGGAAUGUUGGAUUCCUGGCGUUUUCGGAUAUCUGGGUACGAAAUUGAGGUCAAAAGUAUAUGUGGUUUACGGCUUGCUGGCUGUUGUUGAGCUACAAAUAUUGUUUCUUCUGCUCUAUCGCGCCGUCAAGGGUCAUGGUGGUUGGAAGACUGACAACCGUCUCAUGCGCGGUCUCUUGCAACAUAAUCUGCUGUAUUUCAGCUCCAGCUUUGGUUGGUUCUCGCAUAUUACCAAGUACCUCUUGCAUAUUUACUUGCUGGGUGCUACAGCUUUUACUCUCGGUGUUGUUCUCACGGCAAUCUUUCUUCCGUUUCCAUUUGCACACGUCGUGGCAGAGUUUGUCUACUCUCAAUUUGUAGGCGAUGAUUACUUAUUCGACAGUAGCUCCCAGGUCAUUGUGCAAGCCGUCUUAGUCACGCGAAUGCACAGGGACUUCUGGAGGUCGAACCGUACUUCCUGUGGCACCCACACAGAUAUUUCUUUCACAACGUGGAUGGCAGCAGUCCCAGAUAUCAUAUAA